AUGGCAUUACCACGCCCUCCAGCGGCCUCCCGACGUCGUGAUCUCACACCUCUCCAUGGACGUCACACAAGACGACAGAAGUACUCCGCCCGGGCAUUCUACCUGACCUUGCUGGUUGUCGCCGCAUUCACAGCCUUCAGCUUUCUGUCAGACGCUGCCAGUCCACGGUUCCGCGCAGCGCGACAGACUCCCUUGCACCGAAGAGAUGACAAUUCGACGCAGAGAGACCUAGAGUGCCGCCUCGUGCAUCAUGCGAAAGACAAAUGCGCCUUCGUACGCGCGAACUGCCCGGACGAGGAAGCCGGCAUCUUCUCCUACCUCACCCUAUACUACUGCCGCACGCCCAAGGCGCAACCCGUCGCAUUCGCGAUAAUGGUGUUGUGGCUCGGCCUGCUGUUCAGCACCAUCGGUAUAGCCGCCAGCGACUUCUUCUGCGUCAAUCUCAGCACCAUCUCCAAUCUACUGGGAAUGAGCGAAAGCAUGGCCGGGGUGACAUUCCUGGCCUUCGGGAACGGUAGCCCUGACGUCUUCUCCACAUUCGCGGCCAUGAGUACCAACAGCGGUAGUCUUGCUGUUGGCGAGCUUUUCGGCGCAGCUGGUUUCAUCACCGCAGUGGUUGCGGGCUCUAUGGCCUUGGUUCGCCCGUUUCAGGUCGCGAAGAAGAGUUUCAUAAGAGAUGUAGGGUUUUUCAUCGUUGCGGCAAGCUUCAGCAUCGUCUUUCUGCAUGAUGGCAAGCUAUUUCUGUGGGAGUGCCUAGCGAUGGUGGCCUUCUACAUAUUCUACGUUGUUUUCGUGGUCAUUUGGCAUUGGUGGCUUGGACGGCGACGAAGGAGAAGGCAGAAGAUAGCUGCGGCAAGGGGCAACUACGUGGCUCCCGGGAACGAAGAAGUCGAGUUCGAGGAAGAAUACCGGGAUGAUGAUGAAGACGGAGCUGCAGGUGGUGGCACACGCGCUUCCUCGCGGCGAGUCUCGGUCGCGGACUUCUCUGCCCUGGAGCGUGGCGGAGACGAGACUUUCCCGAACAUGGACCUCGACCAGGAAGACGACACUCGCGAGAGAUGGAUGGGGGAGCUCAGCAGUAACAUGCGCUUGAGUCGGCCAAGACUCGGACACCGGCGCACCACUGUCAAUCCGAUUCGACCCAGCCUAGUAGGAGCCUUGGAGUUCCGGGCGGUUCUGUCAUCGUUACAGAAAUCACGAAACAUCCAGACGAUGCCGAUGAAUCUGCGCCGCUACUCCGAUGAUCUCAACUACACUUCAGCGCAGCAGCAGGACCACAUGUCCAGCGUCUCGGAUCCUGCUGCUCGCCCUCCCAUUUCGCCAGAGUCCUCCUACAACUUCCGAGACUACGUGGACACCGAAGAACCAGAACCGAAGCCUCUCUCUUGGUGGCCUUACAAGAUCUUACCACCUCCUGGGGUGCUUAUUUCAACGCUCUUUCCUACCUUGUACACGUGGAGAGAUAAGAAUAUCUGGGAGAAGUUCCUCGGCAUCGUGGCUGCACCCAGCGUCUUAUUGCUUACUAUAACACUGCCCGUCGUUGAAGGCGAAAAAGAUGAUGGCGAUGAAGAUCAAGAGCGAAUACCGGACCUCAGUUUGUCGAGCUCGCUAGGCGCAACAGAUAAUGGAACUAAGCGAACAGGAGCGAGUACCGUUACCAUCCUUGAGCCUGAAAGUCCAGGCAUAGUAAAGCCGGCUCCGCAUCCUAGCGGCGACCGCAGCAUGGCUUCCGCACGGUCUCAUGACCUUACUGGUCAUGGUAACACAGCUGCAGUUGCCACCCAUGCGGAACAUCAUCAUCGAGACGCUUUCCACAACAACACUGCGCCUAACAUGCCUUCCGCUCCUCACAUCCUACAAUCGCCUCAGAUGCUUCCCAACACGGAUGUUAAGCCCGCCACUCCCAAAGAUUGGAACCGUUGGCUUGUUAUCGUGCAGGUCUUUACCGCUCCGUUCUUUAUAGUGCUGAUCGUCUGGGCCAACAGCGAGCCCGAGUCACCUCGAGCCCUCAUUAGACCUACGCUCUAUUCGCUCCUCGCUUCCCUGGUCACCCUGGCUUUCAUCCUCACUACUACAUCGCCCACCAGACCCCCGCGCUGGCGUGUCCUCCUCUGCUUCCUUGGUUUCGUGGUCAGCAUCUCUUGGAUAAGCACAAUCGCGAACGAAGUCGUGGGCGUUCUGAAAACUCUGGGCGUCGUUCUGAACAUGUCAGACGCAAUUCUCGGCCUCACCAUAUUCGCUGUCGGAAACUCACUCGGUGACCUGGUUGCCGACAUCACCGUCGCUCGACUGGGCUACCCGGUCAUGGCGUUGUCAGCCUGUUUCGGCGGCCCGAUGCUGAAUAUCCUGCUGGGCAUCGGGAUCAGUGGCUCCUACAUGUCUAUCAUGGGCGCGGAAAAAAGAGAGCAUAGGCAUCCGGGCACACCGAUGAAGUUCAAGCCGUAUCACAUCGAUGUUAGUAGCACGUUGUUGAUAUCUGGUGCGACUUUGUUGGUUACGCUUGUGGGGCUGCUGGUGUUGGUGCCGUUUAGGAAGUGGAAGAUGGACCGCUGGAUUGGGUGCGUUUUGAUCUGCUUGUGGACUGUCAGUACGAUUGGUAAUAUUGUUGUUGAGGUCUUGGGGUACGGUGGGCAUAUUGAUCUGUUUAGACAUCUGUGA